AUGGCCCAAGUUCCGGAAGCUUCCGUGGUCUCCAGGUCUUUGGUCGGCUGGAGCUCACAUGGGGGAGGAGCUUCGCCCUCGGAGGCGGCUAAGAAGGCCGGGGAAAUGAAGAAGGAGACGGUGGGGGCGGCGAUGGCGUGUUCAGGCCAGGGAGCUGAGAUGAAGCUGGAGCCAUUACAGGAGCGUAAGCGCGCAUCUGAGGAGAACUUCAAGUGGAGUGGGAGCAGCAGCGGCGGCAACGAGAAGGUGCUCCUUUCAACACUCCCUCGCGGUUUCAGCACAUCCUCGUCCCUUUGCCUGCGCCGCAAGUCCCGCCGUCGGCUCCAGCCCCGGGCCCGGUCCAGAAGCCCGCCCAGGCCAAGGGCCCCACCCUCGCCUCCAGUCCAUCCUCCCCUUCUGCCUCCGCCCCAGCCUCCCUGGCGAAGAUCUCGGCGUAGAUCCCGGCCUGGAUCCAGGCUCCAGACCCGGCAAAGCUGUUCUGGUGACCCAGACAGCUCUGGGGAUCGAGGUGGCUUAGGGGAGUGGUUGCUGGAAGUGGAGUUUGGGCAGGGUCCCAGAGGCUGCUCUCAUGUGGAGAGCUGUAAAGUAGCUAAGAACUGGCAGAAGAACCCGUGGUUGAUCUAUCAGCGUUUCAUUUGGAGUAGGAUCCCUGAGACUAGGAAGUGUAAAGCAAAGUCGUGCAUCUGUCAUGUAUGUAGUUCCCAGAUGAACAGACUCCACUCUUGUCUCUCUUGUGUCUUUUUUGGCUGCUUGACUGAGAAACAUAUUCACAAACAUGCAGAAACGAAACAGCACAAUUUAGCUGUAGACCUCUGUCAUGGAGUUAUAUAUUGCUUCAUGUGUAAGGAUUACGUAUAUGACAAAGACAUAGAACAGACUGCCAAGGAAGCAAAAGAGAAAAUUUUGGAAUUAUUAACAUCCACCUCAACAGAUGUUUCCCAACAACAGUGUCUGACAUCGGGUGAAGAGACGCAAUCAACCUGUGAGUCAAAGGAACAGGCUAAAAUGGUGAAACCCAAGAAAAAAAGGAGAAAAAAGUCAGUUUAUACUGUAGGCCUCAGCGGGCUACUCAGUCUUGGGAACACCUGCUUUAUGAAUUGUAUUGUCCAAGCACUUACCCAUAUUCCUCUACUGAAAGACUUCUUCUCUGACAAGCACAAAUGCAUAAUGACAAGUCCCAGCUUAUGUCUUGUCUGUGAAAUGUCUUCACUUUUUCAUGCUAUGUACUCUGAAAGCUGAACUCCUCACAUUCCUUAUAAGUUACUGCACCUGAUAUGGAUUCAUGCAGAACACUUAGCAGGGUACAGGCAGCAAGAUGCCCACGAGUUCCUUAUUGCAAUAUUAGAUGUGCUGUGUAAUCACAGCAAAGAUGAAUGUGAUGGGCAGGAAUUCAGUAACCCCAACUGCUGUAAUGGCAUCAUAGACCAAAUCUUUACAGGUGGCUUGCAGUCAGGUGUCACAUGUCAGACUUACCAUAGUGUCUCCACCACAAUAGACCUCUGGGACAUCAGUUUGGAUUUGCCUGGCUCUUGUGCCACAUUCAGUUCCCAGAGUCCAGAGAGGGGUGACAGCAUGUUGAAUAGGGAUGGCCACAUACCAGGAAUUCCCUCACUCACAGACUGCCUACAGUGCUUUACAAGGCCAGAGCACCUCAGUAAUGCCAAAAUCAAAUGCAGUAGUUGCCAAAGCUACCAAGAAUCUACCAAACAGCUCACAAUGAAGAAAUUACCUAUUGUGGCCUGUUUUCAUCUCAAACGAUUUGACCCUGUAGGCAAACAGAGGUGAAAGAUUAAUUUUAUCUCCUUUUCCUUGGAAAUGGACAUGACUCCAUUCUUGGCCUCCACUAAAGAGCACAGAAUGAAAGAAGUCCAGCCACCAACAGAUUGUACACCCAAUCAGAAUAAGUAUUCCUUGUUUGCAGUGAUUAAUCACCAUGGUACUUUGGAAAGUGAACACGACACAAGCUUUAUCCGGCAACAAAAGGACCGAUGUUUCAGCUGUGAGGAUGCCAUCAUCCCCAAGGCUGCCAUUGAGAACUUACUCUACAGUUAAGGGUAUUUACUGUUCUAGCACAAGCAGGAUAUGGAGAAAGACUAAUCUUAACAGACCGCUUACCAGAAAAAAGAUAGUAAUAAACAUCUCCUCUAUUUUUUCAUUUAGUCAACAGAUGAUUUCAAAGGUUUGUUAUGUGCCAGGCUUUCUUCUAAGCACCAAGAAUAUAGUAGUAAGCAAAAAGAAAACCUUCCUUCCCUUGGUCCCCUUUGAUUCUUUUGAAGGAGACAUGGUGUAAACAUAUAUUAUAAAGUGGCUAAUAAAAAAAAAUAAGAGCAAUAAAGAAAAAAAUGUCAGA